AUGGGCUCCCUCGGUGCCAGCCCGUCUCUCACGGCCACCAUCAACGACACCCCCAUCGAUGACGAGGAGAUAGGCCUCACCCCCCAGCAGCGACGGCACAAGCAAUGGCGCGCCAGGAAGAGACAGCAGCGUGAAGAGCUCGACAGCAUGGUGCCAAACAAUGCUCUACGCAUGGCGGACCAGGCGGUGGUGAAGAAGCUGGCCAUCAACGCCCUGUUCAUUGGACUCUGGUACUUCUUUGCCGUAUCAAUAUCCCUAUAUAACAAAUGGAUGUUUUCGCCAACAAACCUCAAUUUCAAGUUCCCGUUGUUCACCACCAGCCUACACAUGCUCGUUCAGUUCAUCCUCGCCUCCAUACUGCUCUACUUUUUCCCCUCUCUGCGGCCGCCGUUGAACAGCCCUGAUGCAGCUCCGGGAAAACCCAGCAAGCCCUCGCUAACACCGAUCUUCUAUCUUACUCGUCUCGUGCCAUGUGGGAGUGCUACUUCACUAGAUAUCGGGCUGGGCAACAUGUCCCUACGCUUCAUCACUCUCAGUUUCCUCACCAUGUGCAAGUCCUCUGCCCUGGGCUUUGUGCUUCUCUUUGCCAUCAUCUUUGGCCUCGAAACUCCCUCCAUAAAGCUCAUCCUAAUCAUAUGCACCAUGACACUGGGCGUGGUCAUGAUGGUGGCUGGAGAAGCGUCCUUUCACGCCGUUGGGUUCGCCCUAAUAAUUGCUUCGUCCUUUUUCUCUGGCUUCCGAUGGGCUCUCACUCAGAUUCUCCUGCUUCGGCACCCAUCUACGUCAAACCCGUUCUCGACCCUCUUUCUGCUUACUCCCAUCAUGUUUGUCUCCCUCCUCGGAAUUGCACUCGGCGUCGAGGGAUACAAUGAGAUCCUCGCUGGUAUCCAGAAUCUCUCUGCUGAACACGGGACUUUCAAGGUAUUGUGCUUCCUUUCUUUCCCCGGAAUGCUAGCCUUUUGCAUGAUAUCCUCUGAAUUUGCUCUUCUUCGACGUUCUUCCGUUGUCACACUGAGUAUCUGCGGUAUCUUCAAGGAGGUCAUCACCAUUGCUGCAGCAGGUAUCUUUUUCAAGGAAGUGCUCAGUCUGGUCAACAUCAUUGGUUUGAUCAUCGCCAUUUCAAGCAUUGCCUACUACAAUUACAUGAAAGUCACCAAGAUGCGCAAGGAGGCGCUUUCGGAGAGAGAAGGGGUUGACGAUGAAGAGGAUGACGGGUAUGAGAGUCCAGGUCCCAGCUCUGGCCUCAUGGACGAUAGCCAUGGUCACGGAAACCCCCCUCCUGUACAAAAUGGCGCCUUGGGUGGACUGGUAGACCAGAUAAAAUCCGCCUUUGGCAACAAGCGCAGCAUAUCUGGCCCUCGAUACCAACCUAUGCACACCUCUGCGGAGCCUUGA